UAUAUAUUCUCUGGUCAAUGGAAGAUUCAACUCAGAGAAGAGAAAGACUAAAAGCUAUGCGAUUGGAAGCUUCAAAGGAGGAUGCAACUCAUAACAAAGAUCAUUCAGCUGUUAGUCUCGCAAACCCGUUACUUGAAUCCACAACUAACUCUGAAACUGAGGUGCAGAUGACUUCUCGAAGCUUUAGUUAUUACACCAACCCAAUGGCUGUGUAUUCUGGCAACAAGCAGAGGAGCCAGGUCAGCCCUCAGAUAACACAGAAUAUUUCAUCCACUCCAAUGUAUGUAUAUAUUCUCUGGUCAAUGGAAGAGUCAACUCAGAGAAGAGAAUGGCUAAAAGCUAUGCGAUUGGAUGCUUCAAAGGAGGAUGCAACUCAUAACAAAGAUCAUUCGGUUGUUAGUCUCGCAAACCCGUUACUUGAAUCCACAACUAACUCUGAAACUGAGGUGCAGACGACUUCUCGAAGCUUUUGUUAUUACACCAACCCAAUGGCUGCGUAUUCUGGCAACAAGCAGAGGAGCCAGGUCAGCCCUCAGAUAUCACAGAAUAUUUCAUCCACUCCAAGUAAUACCAUAUAUUUGCAGACCAAUGAAACGUUUCUCACCUUCCCUUCAACCCCAUAUAAACCAAUCGCCAAAUCCGCAAAUCUCUUUACCGAACCCGAGUUGGAGGGGCAAGUCGUCACCCUAGAGGUUACUAUAGCCCACCAGGUGUCGGUUUUCCUAUCCCGCAAACCCACUUCACAAGUGGUCCAAGAUAUGGGAGAGGGAGAGGCCAUGGGUCAAGGACAGGGUGGAGGGCGAGGGCGAGGGCGGGGCCAUAAUCAAGUAUCGGCAGAAGAACAACGGCCCGAUUGUUUCAUCAACAAGUCAAUGUUGGAAGACCCUUGGAAGUUACUAGAACCCGUAAUUUGGAAGUCACUCAAAAAGCAGUGGCUUCCACCUUCUCUUAAUGCGAAAAAACCUAGAGUUUCAGAAUCUCAAAGACAGUCUAGUUCGCAACCUAACCUUGCUGAAAUAUUGGCUGCAUCUUUUAAUGAAGCUGUAGAGGAUGUACCCGAUGCUGAAUGAUUUUUCUAAGGUUUUGUUUGGAUUUGUUUAUGGAGGAUGACGUGAUGUGCAG